UAGCGCGACAACUUCGUGAUGAUGCCAUUUGUAGCGGUCUUGUGAGCACCCGCUUCGAAUUCUACAAGUCUCAGUACAUGCACCUGGAAACGGAGCUUGCUCCGACAUCUUUUAAUUUUACAUAAUUCAAUUGGGAAUUCCAGUUAGUCGUAUCAGGGAAAGUAGCGAUAUCUACUAUGGCUGCACCUCUAAAAGUGUGUAUUGUUGGCUCAGGAAAUUGGGGUUCAGCAAUUGCCCGGAUCAUCGGCAGGAACGCCCAGACCCUGCAGCGUUUUGCCACCACUGUCAAGAUGUGGGUCUUUGAGGAGACUGUCAAUGGCAGAAAACUGACAGACAUUAUCAACACAGACCAUGAGAAUAUCAAGUAUUUGCCUGGAUACAAACUGCCAGACAAUGUGGUUGCAGUGCCCAAACUCCAGGAUGCUGCUGAGGGCGCAGACCUGCUGGUUUUUGUAGUGCCACACCAGUUCAUCAGGAAACUGUGCGAUGAGAUGGUGGGGUGUGUAUCAGAGAAGGCCCGUGGCAUUACCCUCAUCAAGGGCAUAGAUGAGGGUCCCGAAGGAAUCAGACUGAUCUCUGACAUCAUCCGGGAGAAGAUGGGGAUCGACGUCAGCGUUUUAAUGGGCGCCAACAUCGCCAAUGAGGUAGCUGCGGAAAAGUUUUGCGAAACCACAAUUGGAAGUAAAAUAAUGGAAAAUGGCCUCCUCUUCAAGGAGCUCCUGCAGACACCCAACUUCCGCAUCACAGUGGUAGACGACGCUGACACUGUGGAGCUCUGUGGGGCCCUCAAGAACAUUGUGGCGGUGGGGGCAGGGUUCUGUGAUGGUCUGCGUUGCGGGGACAACACCAAGGCGGCAGUGAUCCGGCUGGGCCUGAUGGAGAUGAUCGCUUUCGCCAGGCUGUUCAGUAAAGACGGCGCGGUCUCAUCCGCCACCUUCCUGGAGAGCUGCGGAGUCGCCGACCUCAUCACCACCUGCUACGGCGGCCGCAACCGCCGCGUUGCAGAGGCCUUCGCUAGGACCGGCAAGAGCAUCGAGGAGCUGGAAAAGGAAAUGCUGAAUGGGCAAAAGCUUCAGGGUCCAGCCACAUCAGCUGAAGUUUAUCGCAUUCUCAAACAGAAGAACCUAGUGGAGAAGUUCCCACUGUUCACUGCGGUGUACCAGAUCUGUUUUGAGGGGAAGCCAGUCCAGCAAAUGAUCUCCUGCCUACAGAGCCACCCAGAGCACAUGUGAACAUGCUCUUCCUCUAAGGCCCACAUCCUCAUCCCUUUUCCCCAUACCUCGACUGGCUAUGAUGCAUAUUUCACACUGCACUUUGCCAGGCCAUCACCGUAAAUAAGCAUUUUUUCUUAAGUGACCUGCCUGGUUAAAUAUAAAUAAAGAAAUAAAAUUGAUAAUUUCCAAUCACAGCACAUUCAAUAUCUAACUCACAUAUGUGGCAUCAGACAGGCGGCAUGCACUGAAAACAUGGGUUUCUAAGGCUAAAUUUGAUAUGUUUGCACAAAUAUGACCUUUUUUUGUGGCCUGUGUAAGGCAUACAGUCAACAACUGCCAUAACCUUAGUACACGUUACCAGGCACUGCAUAGGGGGUGUGGCCUGUUUUCUCUCUCCGGUUAUACAUCAUGAUUCUGUGCCAUUCCUCCAGCUAACAGGACAGUCGCCAUGGACACCAUGGAAUUAGGUCACCUUUGAGGUUUUUUUCACCUUGUCAUUAUUUGACAAGAGUUUAGCUACAAUGCAAACAUGCUCAUUUCAGCUAUAAUAUAAACCCUUAUUUUGACAUGCUACAAAUAACUAAAUUGUCUCUGACUAAGUGCAAAGUUUGACAGUUCUUUUGUUUUCUUAAAAUGCAGUCCAGGUAAAUGUAUGGUACAGCUAUAUUUGGGCUAUGGUGUGAGCAGUAAUUUGGGUGCAGUUGUUUCCCUUUCUAACUUUUAUAAAAUUUAAUCUGAAAGUUAUAGUUUGUGUUUCUAAAACUAUUUUAAUAUUUUGUGUAUACUGAAGUUCUUUAAUACACAAAGAACAUCUUUUUUAUGACCAUAAAACGAUUUUCUUUUUGUUUUGACCACACAAAAGGCAUCUCAAACUCAUGUCUUGAAUAGCUGCAAUAUCUACUGUUUUUUGUGUGCUGUUGCACUUAAAAUGUUGUUUCCAAGGCAUAAAUUGGCUCCUAUUUGGAAGAAAAGCACAAGAACCUACAGUCACGGAGGUCCUCUAGAACCAGAUUUUAAAAUCCCUGCCUCAUAACUUCCCUGCAUGUAUGUAGUUGUGUCUGACCCUUCAGAGAAAUUCAGGCGUUACUGUAAUCUUUAUAAAGGACGGAUGCAUUCUGUGAGUGCUACCCAUAUGUUUCAGUCUCUAACAUUCCAGUAUGAAUACAUGAAUUUUCACUUUACUAAAUAUUUGACCAGAUUUACAUCAUAAACAAAACUACUGUGUUACCUCUUUUACUUUUUUUAUAUUGCAGUAGCAGUAACAGGAAUUCAAUUUGAAACAAAUGUACAUUUUUUACAUUUUUAAGUUGAAAAGCCUGUUAUCCCCGCUACAUUUAAAAUAUUUUAUUUUUCUAUAAGCACUGCCAAGUACUGUAAUUGAAAUGUAAAUUGUACAAUACUUGCGAUUUCAGCAUUAAUAACGGGAAUAAUAUAAAGGGAACAGUAUUAUAAAAUUUUAUGCACUAUGGGAACACAGAAUUUAUUAGAAAAUGCAGUGCUCAUACUUUCCAAUUAUUGGCAUUGUCCUGGUUGACAUACAUAUACUUAUUUACCAGCAUUAUCAAUGUGUCCAUUGUCACAAUUUAGUUAUUGAAAAACUAUGGCAUUAAUUUGGUCAAUAUCAAAGUGUUUAUAUUAGUUCUACAAUUUAGGCAAAGCUUCUUUGUCAUAGAUGCUUUUUUCAUAGUACAUAGUAUAAAUAACCUUAACUUGUCUAAAUACUUGAUUACGCAUUUGGUUUUAAGUAACAAAGGCGGGAACUGGGUAGUACCUCCAAGUACCAGCCAAGCCAUGAAAACAGUACACUACUUUUUUUUUUGUUUUGUUUUUAUCGCUUUUAAUAUAGACUAGUCACUGUUGAGUACAUGUAUGUCUUUUAUUGGCAAAUUAUGAAUAUGUUUGAAACAGAAGCCAUAGCAGUAGUUCUUGGUGAUGUGUGAACAUUCCUAUUUUAAAGACAUUGAUUGUGCUCUUACUUCAGUCCGUGGGAUUAAAAACUUAAGUCGUAUAAAUGAAAAAUGAUUCAAUAUCUACAUCUGUAAAACAUCUGCACUUUUUCUGUUAAGAUGAGACUUAAAAUGAAUUCCAGUAUGCUGCCUUUGCCAUUGAAAUUGUGUAUGCAUAUCGGCACACAACACCACUAAGGAAGGCAGUAUGCUGAAAAGGUUGAAUCUUCAGCUGCCUCUUAACCCAAAAAAACUGUUUAUCAGGGCUUGUUUUACAUUAUAUGCAAGUGAGUCUUUAACUUGGCAGUGCCUGACAGAAAGUGAAACUUAUCAAGUUAGUUACAGUAGGCCUGUGUAUUUUGGGGAGAUCUGAGAAUUUGUAUUGAAGAACCUGUGUGACUGCUUUCUCCAAUCUCAGAACAGCAUAUUCAUUUUUAAAAUUAAAAACAGAUAAUGUAUUGUUAUAUUUCUCUCAUGCUUAUUUUAUUUGUCAGAUUUUAUUAUCUUUUGUACUUGGGUUAAAACAGUAAUUGGAAUAAUUCCUCAUUUUCAGUUGCAUCCGUUUAAACUUCCCACAGACAUUAUAAUAACCACUGUGCAAUCUGGAAGCAGAAGUCUGCUGCAUUCAGAAUGGCAAAGACCUUCACACACUACAGUCUAUCAGUACCAUCAUACUGCAUGUCAGUCAGUGAGAAGUAGGCUACAUCAUGUGUAUUGUCACUUCGUGCUACCUUUUUAAAAAAUGUAUCUUUAAAGUUCCCUGUGUCCUAUGUUCAGGGUGUGGGACCUGUGUAUUGCUUUCAGCAUAUCAGGGGGAGCGGAUUGAACCUGUAGGUUAACCAGUGAAAUAUGUAAUAAAAUCUCACAUUUCA